AUGGGAGGAGCUAAGAUUGUUUCUCAGUGUUGUAAUCAUUACGCCCCAGGAACUUGUGGUAGUCACCCUUGGCCAAACUCAAAUUCAAAUAGCUUACCACCACUACAGCCGAUACCAUCCUCAUUGGCCACCCCACAGACAAAAAAAACAAACACCAGAACCCCUCAGGCUUGCCCUCAUCAGUGGGCACAAACCUCCAACUCGCUUGGUUGCAAACUGCCAAGAGAGAGUGUAAUUGCUCUCCACCAGAAUUGUGCAAAACAAUUCAAACCCAAGGAAAUCAAACCGGAAAUACUUACAGCUUAUUUCAAAGACUGGCCUCAAGCCCGUCUGGAAGAAUGUGAUCUCUUGAUUCAGGCAGUUCUGGGUGAGACAGGCGACAAAUGGAACCGGGCAAUAAGCCUAUGGGAUUUUACUAUUGAUGCCUGGCGCGAGAUACCAGUUGCUUACCCCCAUCAAUAUCCCCCAGAUGACCAGAAAAUUGUUGUCCGGCUGCCCAAGAUCAACGCUCUGACCCCCAGCUUACCUCAAAGCACUCCCCUCACUCCACAUCUGGUACCCAAAACCCCAUCAACUCAGUGUAUUCCUUCAACACCUGAUCAUCUUCUGACCAGAGGUGCUUCCAGCGCAACUGGGAAAGUCUUGGAAGGUGAAACCAGAUUGAGAAUACCUGACACCCAGCCGCAGGAUAAAUCAGUGGUAGCUAAGGAUGUCAUUGACCUAACUUUGUUACCUGAUUCACCUGGAUCCUUGCCUCGCCAGGCUGAUGUCACUGUCAAAUGUGAACCCAAAACAGAAGAUGGGAAUCCCAAAGACGCAGGAAACCCUCCUGGCCUGGUACCACAAGUCCAAAACCAGGGACUUGCCGGUCACUUGGAAAAAGUAUUUUGGGCAGGAAUGGAAGAUGGUGUUGCCAACUGUGUACAGCCUUAUGCAAUGGUAGGGGAGGCGUGCAUUUGUUUCAGGCAAGAAUUCAAUAAGAUUGCAAGUGUUGGCAGUGGAGGUGCAAUGGAUUCAGGGGAGGCGGCCUCAUCCACCUCAAAAAGUGGAUAA